CGCCGAUCGUCCGAGAGCCCAUCGAUCAUGAAGAUAGCCUGAUAUUCAAGCUCGAUAGAGCUGACACACUUUUUCCUAUCCUCCGAAGCUCGCUCUUUCCUUCUCAUUUGCGUGUCUGGGGGUUUCCGAGUCCCAUUUCAUCUCGCAACGAGCUCUGGAAGCAUAACGCGCUCCUCGAAUCACCCAAAUUGACCUCAAUCACCUCGCAACUCGACCAGACAUCCCGGCAUCUCAUCCUUCUCCUCCGAGCCCCGCGACCUUCACCAUGAGCCACGCGGUUCCCGACCUCGACGCGAUCGGAAUCAAGGCCGAGCCCGACCUCGCAGACUCGUUCCGUCGCGAAGUCGCGAACCUCCUCGGCCGAAAUAAUCUCAACUUUCCUGGUGCGCAACCCGUCAGCUUCUCAGCAAAACACCUGACGGAGCUACAAAAAGAAGACUAUUUUGUUUGCGAAAAGACAGACGGCAUCCGCUGCUUGAUGUAUUUUGCGCGCGGUGAUCCCGACUCUGACUCACCCGAGAUUCAUUACCUGAUCGACCGCAAGAACGACUAUCGCUUCGUCCCUGGCCUACACUUCCCGUUACCCGAUGACGAGACCUUCCAGUCGUACCAUGUUGACACGCUGGUGGAUGGUGAAUUGGUCAAUGACACUUACGAGGACGGUACAACACAGCUCAAGUACCUCGUCUUCGACUGCUUGGUGCUAGAUGGACAGAGCCUCAUGCAUCGCACCCUCGACAAGCGGCUUGCAUACUUCAAGGAGAAGGUCCUUAGGCCAUACAAUGCGAUGUACCGCAAGUUCCCGGAAGAGAAAAAACACCGUGCCUUUGCCGUUGAAGAUAAAUCUACGCAAUUCAGCUACGGCAUUGAGAUGAUGUUCCGCGAUAUUAUCCCCAAAGUCAAGCGCAUUCACGGUAAUGACGGUCUCAUUUUCACCUGUCGCAGCACACCCUACCGCAUUGGCACGGACGAACACAUCCUCAAAUGGAAACCACCCGCGGAUAAUACGAUCGACUUCCGCAUGCGCUUGGAAUUCCCAGUCUUGGAGCCAGAUAGCGAUGACGAAGCCGACGGCGUCACCGAGCCAUACCCAGAUUAUGAUGCCAUCCCGAUCUGCCACCUGUUCACAAUGCUCAAUAGUAACGAGUACCGCCAUUUUGGGGUGAUGUACGUGACUCCUACGGAAUGGGACAAUUUGAAAGCCAUGCGCGUCCCUCUAGACGAUUCAAUUGUUGAAUGCUACAAAGAUCCCCAACAGCGCUGGCGGUUCUACCGUCUCCGUGAUGACAAGGCAGACGCAAAUCACAUCUCAACGGUGGAAAAGGUUCUCGAGAGUAUUGAGGACCGUGUGACCGAGGAGGAUCUCAUUCGUCUUGCGCCUGCGAUUAAGGCCGCAUGGAAAAAGCGUCAAGCAAUGGGUUCCGAAGGGAAGGUCCGCGGUCCACCACCUCCUGCCAACGGAAAUGGCGUUAAGCGGAAAUUUGAAGAAUGACGAGAAAUAAAAGGCUUUCUUACGUGUUUAAUUAUUUUUAUUUCCCCUCCUUUCACCUUGCAAGGCGUCUGGGUGUUAUGCCGCUCUAUCUUAUGUCACCGGCUUGCUAUUACACUGUUUUGUAUCAUGAAGGGGUUGGCGGUCAAUUUUUCUCGGAAUGAGGCUAUGGUAACCUCCGGGGAGAUUGUCUGGACGAAUUGAAGCUGUAUUAAUUCCAAUUUGGGCCACACUAGUUGGUGUUAGGUUUCAUCGAUUUGCGAUAGGACAAUCUAGGUGUAAUUUACAUUUCUGAAGUGCUCACCAAGUUCCAUCUCCGCAUUCGAGCCCCAUAUAAUACCCAUCUCUGUUCUUUCUUCCGGG